GCUACGUCACAAAGCUACUUCCUGGCGUGCUUUACGUUUCUUGUUAUCACUUCUGGUUCUGGAAGAGGAAUGGCUGCCCUAGCUGUUGUGGAGACUCCCUCAGGGAAAGAUGCAAUUGCAGAGGGACUGCUUGGCCUCUUGAAACCAGCUGUCCAGCAGCUUGAUCUUCAUGUGCACUCAGUGAGGGAAAGCCAGGUGGAACUACGAGAACACAUAGACAAUCUAGCCACAGAGCUGUGCAGGAUAAAUGAGCACCAGAAGGUGGUGCUAGACCUGGACCCCUAUGUGAAAAAGCUGCUGAAUGCAAGACGUAGGGUGGUGCUGGUCAACAACAUACUACAGAAUGCUCAGGAACGGUUGCGACGGCUCAAUCACAACGUCGCCAAAGAGACAGUGCGUCGGAAGACCAUGCUGGAGACCUCCGGAGCGUUCACGCCUCAGUCGCCCAGUAAACCAUGACCAGUAAACCAUGACCAGUAAACCAUGCCCCACUCCUCAGCUUGGAAAAAAACUGCUUAAUAACAACACUGAGCUUGUCUGCCUGUGUCCUGGACUGAAUAAAGUUUUCACGAACUCUCCACUAGGGUUGGGCAGUAUCCAGAUAUUCAUACCGUUCUUGUACCAAACCAGGAAAUACGGUAUUAGUCAGUGCACACAAGGGGCACUAUUAUUUUCAAACAUAUUCAAAUGUUUACGGGGGGGUUGGGGUCCCAACAAGUUACUAGUGACAAGUUCUCUUUCAAUUCUCACAGAUUAAAGCAAUACUCAGUUUACCUGCUUAAACGCCAACCUCACAUCUCUUCCUUGUGCUAUUGUAGCAAUGUGUACGUGUCUUGUGUAGUCACAAACUACUAGUUUACAAUAAGCCAAAGGCAAUUGGAAUCAGGGGUGCUUUGCUUCAAAAACGUACACAACUUGAUCAAAUGUUAAGAUUGCGCAAGCUGAAAUUGGAAUCGGAAAUAAUAAUCUUAUGCAAAGAAAUGUGUUUACACUGCUGGAGUGCUUUGGGCCUACUGGUUUUUACAACCCUCUCUCUUUCCAGAAUAUGUGUAUGGAUGCCUCUGCAUUCCAUUCAAAGCUAUGGCCACAGGGUGAAGGGUGAAGUAUUUUUGUCAUUGUGGACUAAGUAACUAGACCCGGCAGGAAAAAACAAAUGUAGUGCAGGAAAAUAAAGAUGCAAGGAAUGUACGGAAACAGAGCCGUCACUGUUUCACGCUUCUAGCAGCAACUGAUAUGCAACCCUGCCUAAUAUGGUUUGUCAAAACUUUUUUUCUCAAUGUCGAAUCAAAUUUUAUUGGUCGCGUACACAUAUUUUGCAGAUGGUAUCGCAGGUGCAGCAAAAUGCUUAUGUUUCUAGCUCCAACAGUGCAGUGUUACCUAACCAUACAAAAUAUGUUAAUGACUUUAAUAUGUUAAUGGCUCUGUACUUAGUUGCUAUUGAAUAAAACAGAGAAGACUCA